AUUAGUCAAAGCUAGCAGCUAAAAAGGAGCACAGUAAAUAAAAGGGCACUCUACAAGAACAGUGCUGCCGUUUUCAAAAGCUUCAUGUUCCCACAGAAAAGGCUUCAGUUGUACCUCACAAUCUCGCAUCAAGCUGAGCGUGGUCAUCAACCUGGGGGUGUAAAACAUUAUUCCACUUGACUGGUGGAAUGAGCAGUUGUUGGAAGAAAGAUCUUGUGGUAGAGGCUGGCUCAGUCAUUUGUACCACGCUGACACUGUUCACCUGUCACCUGCAGGUUCUACGCUUCCCCUGACUGUGUGAGGUUUGUAAUCGAGAAACGUUGUACUCAAGCUUCACUGGAAGAAACUGCAAACCAUGGGCUGGUUCACCGGGAAUCUAGCGCUCUGUUCCAGCUUGCUGCUUUUAGCUGCAGUGAACUGUCAAAGAGGGAAGAACAAUGUUCCAAGAUUGAAGCUCUCCCACAAAGAAAUGAUGGAAUUAAACAGCGUUGUCACUUUUGUUGGAAUUGCAAACAGCUCUGGUUACCAGACGUUCUUGUUGGAUGAGGAGAAAGGCAGACUCUUUGUCGGGGCCAAAGAUCAUAUAUUUUCAUUCAAUCUGAUCAACAUAAACAAGGGUGUUUCGAAGAUUGUGUGGCCUCCAACACCCACCAGAAGAGAUGAAUGCAAAUGGGCAGGAAAGGAUCUUGUGAAAGAAUGUGCAAACUUCAUCCGGGUUCUGCAGCAUUAUAACCAAAGCCACCUGUACGCCUGUGGAACUGGAGCCUUUCACCCAGUCUGUGCCUACAUUGAAGUUGGUCAUCGACCUGAGGAAAAUGUAUUCAGGCUCGUGACAUCACACUUUGAGAAUGGACGAGGUAAAAGCCCCUAUGACCCGAGGCUGCUGACUACUUCCAUUUUAAUUGAUGGAGAGCUAUAUUCUGGUACUGCAGCAGAUUUCAUGGGCAGGGAUUUUGCAAUUUUCCGCACUUUGGGACAUCAUCACCCGAUAAGGACUGAGCAACAUGAUUCCCGGUGGCUGAAUGAACCAAAAUUCAUUGGUGCCCACUUGAUACCAGAGAGUGACAAUCCAGAAGAUGAUAAGAUAUAUUUCUUUUUUCGAGAAAAUGCUUUGGAUGGAGAGUAUUCAGGGAAAGCGACUCAUGCCCGGAUAGGACAAGUGUGCAAGAAUGACUUUGGAGGCCAUCGAAGCCUUGUCAAUAAAUGGGUGACUUUUCUUAAAGCCCGCCUGAUCUGUGCAGUACCAGGACCAAAUGGCAUCGACACACAUUUUGAUGAAUUAGAGGAUAUUUACAUCAUGAAAUCUAAAGAUCCCAAGAAUCCUUUCAUCUAUGGCAUCUUUACAACUUCCAGCAACAUCUUUAAAGGGUCAGCUGUGUGUAUGUACAGUAUGUCUGAUGUAAGGAGGGUCUUCCUGGGGCCAUAUGCCCACAGAGAAGGCCCAAGUUAUCAGUGGGUGCCUUUCCAAGGACGGGUUCCUUACCCACGCCCAGGAACAUGUCCUAGCAAAACAUUUGGAGGACUUGAAUCAACAAAGGACUUUCCUGAUGACGUAAUCACAUUUGCCAGAAGUCACCCAGCCAUGUACAACCCAGUGUUGCCCAUCAAUAAUCGCCCAAUUGUCAUCAAGACGGAUGUAGAUUAUCAAUUCACACAGAUAGUUGUUGAUCGAGUGGAAGCUGAAGAUGGACAGUAUGAUGUCAUGUUCAUUGGAACAGAUGUGGGGACAGUUUUGAAGGUGGUUUCUAUUCCCCGGGAGACCUGGCACGACCUUGAGGAGGUGUUACUUGAGGAAUUAGCAGUGCUGAGGGAGCCAACACCUAUCACAACACUGAAAAUUUCUACAAAACAGCAACAACUGUACGUUGGCUCUGCGCUCGGAGUCUCCCAGCUCCCAUUACAUCGAUGUGAUGUUUAUGGAAAGGCAUGUGCAGAGUGCUGCCUCGCUCGGGACCCCUACUGCGCCUGGGAUGGCUUCUCAUGUUCCAGAUAUUUCCCCACUGCCAAAAGGCGUACCAGAAGGCAAGACAUCAGGAACGGUGACCCUCUCACCCAGUGUUCUGAUCAACAUCACAAUGACAAUUUGCAUGAGCAUGAGAACAUGGAGGAAAAGAUUAUCUAUGGAGUGGAGAACAGCACCACCUUUCUAGAGUGUGUUCCAAAAUCACAGCGGGCGCUGGCAUACUGGCAGUUUCAUAGACCAAAUGAGGACCAUAAAGAAGAGGUCCUUAUUAAUAUUCAGUGUGAUAUUCUCCCUCUGCUACAGAUCAAAGUAAAUGACCGAGUCAUCAAGACAGAACAAGGGUUGUUAUUACGUAGCAUCCAGAGAAAAGAUGCUGGGAUCUAUAUUUGCCAGACUGUGGAGCAUGGCUUCAUGCAGACAGUACUGAAGGUGACACUAGAAAUUAUUGACACUGAGCAUUUGGAGGAACUUCUGCACAAAGAGGUUGAUGAUAAUCUGAGGCCCAAGGAGAGUCACAGCAUCAUUGCUCCAAACCAGAAGCUUUGGUACAGGGACUUCAUGCAGCUCAUAAACCAUCCUAACCUCAACACCAUGGAUGAAUUUUGUGAACAGGUAUGGCGGCGUGAGCGUCGCCAGAGGAAACAGAGACCAGCACAUCCGCCUGUAAACACCAACAAAUGGAAACACUUACAGGAAAACAAGAAAGGUAGAAAUAGGAGGACCCAUGAGUCAGAGAGACCACCAAGAAGUGUUUAACAAUAUACAACUUAAUUCAAACAAAAUGCAAUACAUACAUUAACGACUUCAUUGCAUUAUGUUGAUGUUUACAAGUAUAUGGGCUGCUCACCAGAUACACAACUGCCACCCAUUGUCUUUUCAUCCUCUUCAUUAUUUUUGUCAAUGCAGCAUGGUGACUGGAAUGUGUUUUAUAGUUGGACUGGACUUGCUGUUUCAACAUUACACUAAUUCAAACCCCCUCCCCUCCCCACCCCAAAGGAACUCAAUGUUUGUUGAUGCCAGGAUGUGUUAUAAACUGGCUCUUCUAUCAGUUUUUAUGUGUGACGAUCACUGAAUUGCAGAUCAGAUGCAGAAAUCUAAGAUUGAUUUGUGAUUCUUUUACCUGCUUGCUGUUGGUUCAGGAAUGCAGAUUACACUGGUGAUGCUCUUGGCAUAAGUGAACUGACAGAGUUGACCAGAGAGCUUGUGAAGCGCCGCAUGUCUAUUCAGCUGGCUGUAUAUAGUUCCCACUUUGAACAAAAGACAAUGGACAUGCAGUUCAGACAAACAAGUCUACUGAUCGGAAGUGGAAUCGAAGUCAUGUGAGUGGGCAGGUUUUAGAUUCACUAAACUGACUAAGUUGACUGGAAUGUUUGCAGAUAGCACAGCCUGAGGAGUCGGGAGUGGUGCCAUUCUAAUUCAGUCUAAGGCAAGAACCCACAAGCAAACCUUUACCAAGUGUCAAUGCAUUGAAUUAUUACUUAAUGAUUCAUGAGAAUUAAGGUGCUGUUCAGUUGUGAAGUAAAAGGCAAAUGCCCUUUUGAAUUUGAAAAGAACUUCAAAAUGUUUACUCAGGCAUGUCAAAAGACAUUUACAAUGUGUCCUGGUGAUGAUGCAUUUUAUAGAAAGUAGAUUUAAAGAAGGGUUUAGGAAUGGAACCAACCAGUAAUGUAUUUUCUUCUAUGAAAGAAAAUAUUUAGCUUCAGUGAUGGUCAAAUCAGUUAAUGUUGGUGAGUAAUGUCAUUCUGGGAGUGGAAGCUCUGAUUGUCACUUGGUUUGAGUCCAGUUAGUAAUAAAAAACAAUCACUAGUUAAAUCUUCCAGAAAUAAUAUGGGGAACACUGUGCACCUUCAACAAUAACCCUUUGCUAAGCUUACAGAAUGAAGGACCAAAUCAAAAUUCAAGUUGAUCCCAGUGAUGGGUUAAAAUAACAAUUGCAUAGCUGGUUGUGGGAUGUGUAAUAUUCUUUUUGCUAAGUCUUCUAAACUUCAGAAAGACAAAUGUACUUCAAAAACAGGAGAGAUUGCAAAGCCCCAAGCUCCAUGUAUGAAUAAUCAUUGCAUUGAAAAAAAUACUUUCAGCAAUGGAGAGGAGAUGGUCAACUGUACUUGUCAGUAAACAAUACAUAUUACAUUUGAGAGAUAUUAUUUGAAAUAAAAAUGACAAAAGUUGCCGUAACUUAACUGUUUAGGACUUUUCUUUUUGACCUGCACAGGUUACAUUUAGUAUCCUUUUAAAACUAGUGCAUAACAGUUCAAGUAUUUGACUGUUCCACAUUAAGGUUGAGGGCCCAGGAUUAUCCAUCACUUAAUUCACUUACUACCUCAGUUGUAUAAGAGAUUUUGGUCAUUUGCCAGUCAUUUAACUAGAGGAUUACAUGGAAGCAAGCCUCUCUCCAUCUCACCUUUUUGCUUUCCCAAGGAAUAGGGAAGGAUGAAAACAAAGGUGUUGCUUGUGUCAUUCAUUUCAAGGUAGGCGUUAGUGCAGUAACAUAGCAGCAGACUCUUGGAAAUCAAAGGAAUAGAUUGUAUCUCGGGGCAGUUAAGGAAGGGUGACAAUGCAAGCCUCGCUAGUGACACAUACCUCCAAUUAAAAAAUAAAAAGAACUUCCGUUGCCUGGAAGAUGUAUAAUUUCCUGAAAAUGGAGGCUGAGGAGGGGGAAACGAGACCACAAGAAAGCAUUUCAACACAAUCUCAAAAACAGAAGAGGUGCCACUGAAAGCCACUGCAAAAGUAGUUCACUUUAACAUUGUUCAAGAAGACAAAGUGGUUUCCAGAGCUCAAAGCUGUUUAAAAUAGCUUUCAUCACCUUCUGAGUUUUAUUUGAGAAUUACCCAUUCAGAAGGUGGACAAUCUACCUGGAGGGGUUGGAUAUUCAUCUUUCUCCUCAAAACAACAAGCAAUACUGAGGCCUGUUAACCAGCGUCUUUCCUCCCAGCGCCAGGUUGCUAAUGCUCUGCAUAAGCUUCUGAAGUAUUCAGAUCACCACUGUAUUCUUCACUUUUAAUAGAUAUUAGCCAGAGCAAAAACUUGUCAGGUUCAUUGGCAGAAUUGAAAUUGUUCUGGAAUGUUCCAAAAUGUCAAUGUCAGCUCAAAUACUUUCUUUAUCUUUAACUAGUUUGCUUCAUUUUAACAAUGUUCGUGUUAGAUUUAUUUUGUCCUUUUGCAGCAAAUGAUAUAUUACUGUGGAGAGAUACCAUGGGCUAGAUAAUAUCAUUCUUACAAUCCCUUCUCUGAUGUACCACAGCUUUGUACUUGGGUGACAAUAAUGAAUUAACCCUGAAAGGAAGGGCAGUGAGAAUUAAAUCUUUCUGAUGGGACUAAACGUAAAUCCAACAAUCCUGCAACAAUGCCAGUCAGAGAAAGCGUGUUAAUGACAUGCCAACAAUCAAUGGGCUGAUAUUCUAGUGCAGCAAUAGUUUCAUGAUAAUAAAUUAUUGUUUAAAGGAAAGGUUUAUAGACCACAAACAACGAGACAGAUAUCAGGCUACUUCGUGUGAUUUUGAUGUGCUUUGGUUGCAGGAAGAAUUCAUAGUUUUAUGGUCUAUUAAAAGGUACUGUGUAAAAAAUGAUGCAUGUGAACGUGCUUUAUAUAUUGGUUUCCUCUAGUAAACUAUAUUAGACAGUGAUCUUUAUAUUAUUUAGCAAUUAGCAAUGGUCUGUGUUAAAUAGUUCACCAUUUUGCUUAUCCACUUACCAAGACUGGUGUAUAUAUAUUUUUGUUAGACAAGAGGAACAAUAUUAUGUUUUAUUGCAAUGGUGAUAGUUAGUUUUCACAUGUAUGUACCAGCUAUAUAGUGUCUAUAUAACCAGCCCAGGUGAAAUGCAAAAGGCUAUUUAUUUGGCUAUUCCUGAAGCAAGAAAUGUAAACUUCACAAUUAUUCAAAGCAUGUGUAUCUGGUAGAUAGUUGAUGAGUUUUUAUUUCUCUAUUUGUCACUGCAUUUCUAAGGGGUACCAUAAAACUGGAAAGGAAUAUUAUGAAAAUGCUGCUGUAAAUUAUU